GGUGCAAGAACACGUUUACGGGAAAUGUGUAGUGUAGGCAGUGUCGAAUAGUAGUGAACAGUAGUGAACGAUUUAAGCGACGCAGUUGUCGCAGCCGCCCACAAUGUUACCCGACGUUAUAAUAUGGCCGUGAUCGGCGAACCAAAAUUAAACCCGGUCCAUGAUAGCCAAAUUGUGUCAACAUCGGGUGGUCCCAGGUGCGUUGGGACAGGCGGGUUUACGUCCAACCAUCAUCGUGCGAGUUCGUACAACGAUUCCUGGGACGUUGUUCGCGUCAUGUCGUGCAAACGCGCCACACUCGAUUCAGGCGAUAUCAGUGAUCCGGAGGACGCUUACCUCGACACUGAUCCGCUCAGGUCUGAACUCCGAAACAUCCAUAGUGUCAUCCACGUGACACGACAAAAUAUCGACGCUUUAAACAGCAAAUUUGCCGGAUUUCAACAUCCUCCUUCGAUUUACUUGACUGAAUAUCAAGAACUCACUAGCAAACUUCAUGAACUUGAAACUAAGGAGCAGAAACUUAAUGAAAUACUUCAAUCUGCAACGUCUAGUGGAUCUGGACAAGAUGAAUCACAUGGGUCAAGGCGUUAUAAAUGUCCUAGGACACCUCACAAAUCUCUAUUGAGAGCUUAUUUACCAAACCAACAGAGAACAAGCGUUCAGGUACGUGAAGGAUUAUCAAUACGAGAUGCUCUAGCAAAAGCAAUGAAGCUUCGAAAUUUAACAACUGAAAUGUGUAUCGUAUACACAGUUGGCUCCAAUGACUCCAAAUUCCCAAUUUCUUGGGAUACAGAUAUAUCAUCAUUGGAAUGUAAUGAAAUAUCAGUAGAAAUUCUGGACAAAUUUCCAAUUACUACAUCCAUAUCACACAAUUUUGCAAGGAAAACAUUCUUUUCUAUUGCAUUCUGCGAAUGUUGUCGCAAGCUUCUUUUCCAAGGUUUUUAUUGCAGGACAUGCAAUUAUCGUUUUCAUCAACGUUGUGCUGUACAAGUUCCUGCUCUUUGUCAUCAAGUGCGAAUGCAAGAUGCUUAUUAUCAAGCUCUUUUAGCUCACAAUUCAGAUGCUAGUGCAGCAAUUCUACAACUGCCAGCAGUCUAUGCAUUGAGUAGAAGUACAUCACCUUCAUUAGCAUCGACAAGAAAUCGAAGACAUCCUAAACCAUUAGAACACAAUGACAGAUCUAGUUCAGCACCAAAUGUUUGCUUUAAUACAGUAAAACAUAGUAAUGACUCAAUGAGUAUGGUGGAAUAUGCAAGAUCUCAAAGUCCAAGUAGAACAAUUGAAACUACACAAAGUCCAGUUUCACCUGGUAGUAGUCCUACAAAAUAUAGUCAGUCAACUCAAGCAAGUCCUACAAAUACACUGAGGCCCAAGAGACCGAGAGCUAAAUCAGCUGAUGAAUCUUCAAAAAAUCUUCUAGCACCUCGUGAGUCAAUUGAAGAUUGGGAAAUUCCUGCUGAUGAAAUCCUUGUAGGAAUGCGCAUUGGUUCUGGGUCAUUUGGAACAGUUUACAAAGCUCAUUGGCAUGGGCCAGUAGCUGUAAAGACGUUGAAUGUUGGAAUACCAACAUCAGCACAGCUUCAAGCAUUCAAAAACGAAGUAGCUGUGCUACGAAAAACUCGUCACGUCAAUAUAUUAUUGUUUAUGGGUUGUGUAAAUAAACCAAAACUUGCUAUUGUUACUCAGUGGUGCGAAGGAUCAUCUUUAUAUAAACACCUACAUGUUUUUGAGACUAAGUUCGCACUUUUAACACUGAUUGAGAUUGGACAACAAACAGCACAAGGAAUGGACUAUCUACAUGCAAAAAAUAUUAUUCAUAGAGACUUGAAGAGUAAUAAUAUUUUUCUCCAUGAUGACUUAACAGUUAAAAUAGGAGAUUUUGGUCUAGCAACAGCUAAGACUCGUUGGUCAGGAUCUCAACAAUUUCAUCAGCCUACUGGAUCUAUUUUAUGGAUGGCACCUGAAGUUAUAAGAAUGCAAGAAGAGAAUCCUUACAGUUUUCAGUCUGACGUUUAUGCUUUUGGAGUUGUACUCUUCGAGUUACUUGCUGGACAAUUACCUUAUUCUAAUAUUAAUAAUAAAGAUCAAAUAUUGUUCAUGGUUGGUCGAGGAUAUCUUCGUCCUGAUCUAAAUAAAUUACGUUCUGAUACUCCUAAAGCUUUGAAAAGACUUACUGAAGAUUGUAUUAAAUUUUCAAGAGAUGAUCGACCGAUUUUUCGCCAAAUUUUAGCAAAUCUACAAGGUUUACUACGAUGUUUACCCAAGAUAACGACUUCAGCAUCUGAACCAAACUUAAACAGAACUCAGCUACAAUCUGAUGACUUUCUAUAUGCUUGCGCUUCACCGAAGACUCCAAAUAAUUUCCAGUUUGGAAGCUUUCCUUUUUAUCCAAUUGGUGGAAAUAUCUAAAAGUUAAAAGUGAUGAAAUAAACAUUGGUGAUGGAGUUAUAUCAAUUAGUACGCACGAAAAGAUCAGUGAAUCAUAUGAUUUGAUGAUUCUCGUGUUAGAUAACUGUCUCAGUAUCAAUGUAUAUAAUUAUUAUCUGAAAAAAUGCGCGUGAGCGUGGACGGCCGUUGAUUUUGUCGAAUCCUUAAAAAGGAUGUAAAAAAUGAUGUAAUCACUUUAGUAGUUAAACCAGCAUUUAAAUCACGUGGAUUGUCGUUAAUCUGUGAUAUUUACAGUGUGGUUUCUUCGCUUAUUUAUUUUAAUAAAUAAUCUCCUUUUUUUGUUUUCUAUAGAACUGCAGUUUUAAUUAUCACUGAACGUAAAUAGUUGAAAACACAUAGAAAAACAUUUUUUCAAUAAGCACGUAAUGUCACAGAAAACGAUUGAUCGUAUGAUUAAUAGACUUGCAAUUGUAUACUGGCAUAGAAAUGGAGGAGAUUAGAAGAAAAUAUGUCUCAAAUAAGUAUAUAUUACAAUUACAUUAAUAGCUAAACUGUUUUGCCAAUUAUAGUGACAAAAAUACAAAAUUUGCACACUUUAAGGAUUUUUAAAAAUAAUAAUGACUGAAUUAGAUAUGUCAAAUGUUUUAAUAUCUGACAAAUUCAUUCGACUGUUAGUUAUAUCAUAAGAUGGUCGAUUUUUAAAAUUAAUAAAAAAAAUUAACUUUUCUUGAAUUUUUUCGUCUGCUCGAAGAAAAAGGAUCUUCGAAUAACAUCGACGGCCAUCGACGACGAGAAAGUCAAGGGUAUUUUUUUUCACGAGAUAUUUCACUCUCAUGAAAAAGUAACAGAAAUAAUUGAUUGAUUAAAUGAAUUAAUUGAUUAAUAAUUAUACCAAUUUCAUUCGUCUUAAACGCUCGGUUGAACGAUUAAAUAGGGCCUAAGACGAUUGUAUGGCGGUUCUAGAAAUAAAAUAGUUAUUAAUUUAUGACAAUAUAGAAAUUAAUUAAGUACUCGACAGGAAAUUAAUUAAAAAAAAAAAACAAAUGUAAUUUUACUUGAAUUGAUUUAUUUAUUUAUUUAUGCGAUCAAUAUAAUUCAAUUGACAUUAAAUGAGAUGCUUUAAUAAGCAGGAUUAUACCGCCAACAUCAAAGAUACUUAAAUUAAAUUCUAAUACGUAAUUUAAUAAAUUGGUCGAUAAAUUUAAAAAAAUAAUUGUAUCUAACAUCAAAAAAAUU